AUGGCACCUGCCGACCAGAAGCCGACCGCCAUAGUCGUUGGCGCAGGAGUUGGCGGCGUAGCAACAGCUGCCCGACUCUCCAAGGCCGGUUAUUCCGUGACCGUUCUCGAGAAGAACAGCUUCACAGGCGGCCGUUGUAGUCUCAUCAACCGCUCGGGUUAUCGAUUCGACCAAGGCCCCUCCCUCCUCCUUCUUCCCAAGCUCUUCCAAGAAACCUUCCAUGACCUCUCCACCUCCCUGGAGGCCGAAGACGUACACCUACUGAAAUGCGACCCAAAUUACAACCUAUGGUUUGGAGACGGCGAACGCUUCGAGCUGAGCUCCGAUACGGCUGUCAUGAAGCGCGAGAUUGAGAAGUGGGAGGGCAAGGAUGGUUUCGAGAGGUAUCUGGCUUGGUUGGCCGAGGCGCAUAGGCACUAUGAAAUCAGUGUGAAGGAGGUGCUGCAUAGGAACUUCACGUCCGUGUUUAAUCUGCUGAGGCCGAGCUUCUUGAGACACCUUGUGGCACUGCACCCGUUCGAGAGUAUAUAUUCAAGGGCAGCAAAGUACUUCUGGACGGAAAGACUGAGGAGGGUAUUUACGUUUGGAAGUAUGUAUAUGGGUAUGAGUCCGUUUGAUGCACCAGGGACCUAUUCUUUGCUACAAUAUACGGAGUUGGCAGAAGGGAUUUGGUAUCCGGUUGGAGGAUUCCAUGUCGUUGUUGCUGCGCUGGUCAGAAUCUGUGAGAGGUUUGGAGUCAAUAUUCGACUUAACGUUGCUGUGUCGUCCAUUCUCACAUCACCAAACGGAAAGGAAGUCACGGGCGUCCAGCUCUCAACAGGCGAACAGCUCUCAGCAGACCUAGUAGUUAUAAAUGCAGAUCUGGUCUACGCCUACAACAACCUCUUCCCAAACUCCUCCCCAAGCUACGCCAAUUCGCUCCAAAAAAGAGACGGCUCGUGUAGCUCCAUAUCCUUCUACUGGUCCCUUUCCCAGACCAUUCCGGAGCUCAAAACUCACAACAUCUUCCUCGCCGACGAAUACCGCGAAUCCUUCGACUCAAUAUUCGAGAGACAAGGCAUCCCAGAUGAACCCUCAUUCUACGUCAACGUCCCCUCGCGAGUUGAUCCCACCGCAGCUCCAGCCGGAAAAGAUGCUAUCGUUGUCCUCGUCCCUGUCGGCCAUCUCCUCAACUCCGCUACCUCGAACAUCGACAAAGCAACUUAUGGAACAGGUCUUCUUCCCGAACAAGACUGGGAUACUAUCGUCUCCUCUGCACGCAGAACUAUAAUUUCAACAAUUGAGACCCGGACGGGCUGUGCCUCUCUCGGACCUCUAAUUAUCCACGAAGAGCUCAACACGCCUAUAAGCUGGGAGUCAACGUUCAAUCUCGACAAGGGCUCUAUUCUAGGCCUCUCGCACUCGUUCUUCAAUGUCUUAGCUUUCAGACCGAAAACCAAACAUCCCAACAUCUCAGGCGUAUAUUUUGUUGGCGCUUCCACCCACCCGGGGACUGGCGUGCCGAUCGUACUUGCUGGAGCGAAGGUUACAACUGAGCAGAUAUUAAAUGACAGAGGAAAAGUUGUCCCGUGGGAGAAUCAAGCUAGGCAGAUACGAGAUCACGGCGCGGUUCAGGGGAAAGGCACAAGUCCAUUGGAUGUGUUGAGGCGGAGGGAGGGCGCGGUAUUUCUGAGCGACAUGGGAAUUCUUACACUGGCAGCACUGGUGUUGGCCUUGGUUCUGGCAUAUGUCAACAGCGGUUUGAGUGUGACUUGGGACUGGGAAGGCAAGAAGGGUUGGGGCACCGGUAGGGUUUAA